AUGAGCUUUGAACGUUAUCAUUCUUCAAAGUAAAAUUUUUAAUCUGAUAACAACUACUGCUAUCAUAAUGGAAACAAUCAUGUACGGUUGAAAUAUGCACCAAUAAAAAUUAUUCAUAAUAAAGUAGGAGAUAGUGAUGAAAAAAGAAAAUAUCCUCCAUUAAAUUUGCGAUUUUAACCAGCUGAUGAAAUUACAGUAAAAUUAUUAUUUUAAAGUAGACUCGUUAAGAUCCAACUGUUACUAUUCCUCUAAGUUUUUUAUAAUAAUUAAUUCAAUAAGCUUAUUCAAAUAAAUAAUUACGAACUAUUAAUAACCCAUCAAUUCAAAUUGAGGAAAAUAGGAAUGAUGCAGUUGAAGAGUUAAUAAAAUAAAUAGAAAUCUAAUAAAAAGGAAUUUAUCCAAUUGAUGGUAUUAUAAUAUUAUUAUAUUUUAUAACAGAGGAAACAAAAGUUUAGAACACACUCUUAUAAAAUCAUAUGAAUUUUAUGCUUGAAAAUGAUUAAGCAAAGGAAAUUGUUGAUAAUUUCUUUUAAGAUAACUUAAACCUUAAACCACAUUUUUAAACUUGGCUAAAAUAAUUAGAAAUCAAAGCUAUCUAAGACAUGUAUAUUCUUUGUCAUUUUGAUCCAAAAGGAUAACAAUGUUAAGAUAUUUUCAAAUUGUUAUUUCAAAAACUCUCAAUAGAAUUUUAUUCAAAACAUGCUUAUGCUUAAAUAUUGCGGAGUGAUCUAUCAGAUAAAUUAAAAUGUUUAUCCUAAAUUGGAGAAAUUUUUAAUAAAAUUGCUAAGCCAUAAGAGUUUUAUUAUUUUAAAUCAAGAUGA